GCAGCUGUAUAAAAAAAUAUAGACGCUAGACAGAAACUCCACAUCUUCUGAUAAAAUUAGUUUGAAUAUGGAGGCCUUUGACAGUAGCUUGUACUCAAUAGCUGUAACUGCAACUGUAGUUCUUCUAUUUGCAUCAACUAUUUAUACAUUAAGAAAUAUUUUGAAAAUUUGGAGAAAAGGAGCACCAUCUCCAGUCUCCUCAGAAAAGACUAUAAAUGCAACUCAUAAUCUCGACCGCGAUGAAAGUGAGGGAGAUGAAAAUGACAAAAUUAUUUUUGAAGGUGGAGAUGCACCAGAAGUUGAUCCUAUGCAAUAUUGUGAACAUAUACAGAGUGAAGUAAAGAAAGCUAAAUUUAGAGUGGCUGAGAAAAAGAUUGGAGAAACAAUGACAGCAGAACAAAUAGCUGAAGAAAAAGAAAUGCAACGAAAACAGUUGGAAGAAAUAUUUAGACUUAUGCAGGAGCAAAAUGACAAAUUUGGAGUCAACAGUGUAGAAGACAUACAGAACCAGAUGAAAUUGUAUGCAUGAGUUACAUGUAUAGCUUUAAAAAAUAAUUGAGUUUUAUUUAAUGAAAUUUUUUUUUAUGUUGAUCUUAUUGGCAGACUUAUUUUAGUAGACCAGCAAUAAAAGAAAAACUUUU